AUGUCCAAGGAAAUGUCGUCUUCUCAUAUCACAAGCACAUUUACCUUUCCAGAUGCUCCAGAUACAAUGCCCACAACUGAAUACGUUACACCAAGGUUUUUUCACCAACACGGAGUCCAGGGAAUUCUUCGUGUGGACGUUCCAGCAACGCAACCAUGCGAUAUCGUCAAGAUCACUUUACAAGCCUCGGAUCCACAUCAUGAUUUCUUCCAAUUCAAUCGAUAUGGGCUUCCGCCUUCGAUGCAUGCCUCGGGCGUGCCGCACGCUUGUUCAGACGAGAGCACAAGAGCGUUGCUGGAAGUUGUCUACGAGCUGAAGGCGCAUGUGUACCGGCACGAUCUUCUAGUGUCUACAGUAACCCAGCCCAUCCAGGUCUUUCCGUCGGCAUCUUCAGUACCUCCACCAAUCGCUGUCGAUGAUCACCGGGAGGUGUAUGCCAUGACAUGCGCGCGGACGCUUCGAAAGCUGUUCUCGAAGGCAGAAACACUGGAAAUCAAUCUAACAGAGCCUGAACCAGUAUUGCUUCACACGGACGAGCAGUGUGCCUUCCAUCGCAUCCCUAUUUACUGGAAACUAUCUCACUGCGCUCAAGGGCUACCGCUUCUGUGUGCUAAGAUGACCUGGCGACUCAAGUCAACUACCAUCGUUUCGACGAUCCCCCUACAAGCGACGAAUUCAUCACAGCAGCUAACAUUGUGCCCUUCCUCAGUUGAGGUAGUCCAUGCAUCAUCUGAGAAGUCGACAGAUCUCAACCUCACAGGUUGGGUCGCCCGCCCGGGCAAUCUCAAUGGGAGAAUUUGGGAAUUGACUAAUAGUGUAUGGCUAACGAUUCCUCAACCAAAAGACGCCGUACCGUCCUGCUUCGGCCCUCUAGUCACUCGAAGAUACAGUCUAGAGCUGUCUUUGAAGGUCCAUGAGAGAUGGGAAGAUAUUGCUAGAGUGCCAACACAGUUUAGAAUGAAUGAUAAAGACAAGCAGAACGACGAAGAGCGGCGUCUAAUCCUCGCAAGUAGCACGACAUUCGGCCUAACCUCUGCGAUAAAGCCAGCAAAAUUCACACUUACAAGUAGCACAACUCAUGUGGUUAUAGCCUUUACAAUGGCCGCUAUAGAGUUAGCGUUAAGAGUUAACGGUAGAGAAUAA